GAUAUGGUAUGAGCGUGCACCCGCAUAUAUACCCGUCGCCGUACCGACUAGUAAACCUGUAUGCUGAUUGGUGUGUUUACAGUCGGCACGGUUUCUUUUGCAAUUUAGCCGGAAUUUGUUUUACAAAGGUCAAAAUGGUAUCUACGUAAUCGGUGUCAUCUCUUCUAUUCAUAGAUAUACUUUUCUUGUCUGUACUUAAAAUAUGUAUUUAGAAAUCAGCCUUUAAGCGUCGCCUAUUUCUGAUUGGUCGGGCGUUCAUUUUUUGGUCACGGUAGGUCUAUGGCUAUAUUGUAGAUGUCAAAUGUGGUGGCCCUGACAAGGGCCGUUAUUUGAUAGUUUGCUCCGUUACAAAUCUGUACUCGGACGAUUUGUUACACAGUAUUAAACUAUUGUAAUAAUAAUAAUUACAUUAUCACCGUCGAAUUCAUCGAUUUAAAUAUCGUUUUCAUCUGGUCUUUGGUCUAAACCAGCGUUGCUCAACCUUUUUUCACUCACAUACGCUGGCCUCUUGCUACUGCACCUAUUUCACAUUGAGCAGGUUCAAACUUACCGAUCCCGAAGACGGAUUCGACGAAAAUGGAUCCCAGAUUCAACGGUACGUUACAAAACGUAACAGCCACGGUUGGCCGGAGAGCCACCUUAUCGUGCACCAUCGAAAAUCUAGGGGCGCACAAAAUCGGUUGGAUGAAAGCCGAAGAUCAAACAAUAUUAACGUUUCACGAGCGUGUAGUGGCUUCAAACGGUCGAUUCAGCGUAAGUCAUGAGAAUUACAGAACUUGGUAUUUACACAUAAGAGACGUGGAGGAAACUGACAAAGGCUGUUACAUGUGUCAAGUAAACACGAUCGAAAUGCAAAAACAAAUCAGCUGUUUAGACGUCUUAGUGCCACCGGAUAUAAUUACAGACGAAUCGAGCGCCGACCUCACGCUUAUGGAGGCAGAAAACGCGACUCUGUCGUGUCACGCCACCGGCAACCCCGAGCCGAAAAUUACGUGGAGGCGCGAAAAUAACCAGCCGCUGAUGCUGCGCACCGGUUCCAGAGACUUGGUCAAGCACAAUUCGUAUAUCGGUAACGACCUGAAACUUUGGCGGCUUGACAGAAGACAGACCGGCGUUUACUUCUGCAUAGCCAGCAACGGUAUACCACCCGCAGUCAGCAAGAGGAUAACGCUGAGCGUUUACUUUCCGCCGGUAAUUGCGGUACCCAACCAACUACUGGGAGCGCCAAUAGGCACAGACGUGACACUCGAAUGUCACGUGGAAUCCUACCCAAAAUCUAUCAACUAUUGGGUCAGAAAUCGAACAAAAAUGUUGAUGGACGGGCCCAAGCACAUCCUUCGGGAAACAAUAUCCGGCUACAAGGCCGCCUACUAUAUUGUUAUCAAGAUGUUCGACCAAACAGAUGUAGGAACCUACAAUUGCAUAUCAACUAACUCCAUUGGAAACUCUGAAGGCACUCUAAGGGUGUAUGAGCUUCAGGGCGACAUACCGAUUGGAAAGAGCUCCAAGAACAAGGUGGCCAGAUCGUCAGCAUGUCCAAAGCACAUGCACAUAGUUACGGUGGCCGCGUUGACCGCGGUCUGGGCCAAAGCCAUCGGUUGAACAUCUCGUGACGACGACAUCGAAAAAUAAAAUUAACUAAUCAGAUAUUUUUAAAUCGAUUAAAAUAACUUUUUUUUUUUUUGUAUAAAUGAAUAUCUACUCACCAAUUUAGGUAUUCGCUCAUCAACAGACUGGAUGUCUACUGUGAUCGUACUCGUUGUGUAUAAUAUUUGCCAAUAACAUAACAUUUCGUGUUUCGCGACGUAUUAUAGGGAGACUUAAAUUAAUUUUUUUAUUAUUUCCGUUAUUAAAAUGAUGAUUGUUUUGUAUGUUUUUAAUGGACCUACCUAUACGUGUAUACUGCGGAUACAGACGGCCGCCCCCCCCCCCCGACAACAGCCGUACACACAAAUCGUUCGUCGACAACUUUUAUCACUAUUAUCAUUGACUAAGAAUAACGUUUCGGUAUGGGUACAUUAUAUCAUUUAUAUAUAUACAUUGACAUAUUGUUGUACUUGUACUUACCACGGUGUCAGCCUUUGUUUCGGGAACAGGUGCGUUUGAACGGUUGCACCGGUCACGAUGGACUUUUGUAAAAAAAAAUCGUUUUCAACGCCGCUGCCGUCGAUUUGUUUCUUUGUUAUAAUGCAUAUUAUUAUUAUUAUUAUUAAUGUAUACACUAUUGAACUAUUCUGACGUUGGCCGACGGUCAAUUUUCCUACAUUACGUUUCGUGAAAACGUGACUAUAUUAUUGAAAUAUUCUAAUUUAAUAAAUUGUAAAUAUUAACAAAACUAUGGAAAUUAUUAUUAUUCCAAGCUUUUGGAACACUGUAUUUAUGCAUGUUACAUUUAGCAAAUUAAGUUUAAUAAAACAAAUGUUUCAAAUACUUGAAAUUUUACCCAACAUUGUUUCAGUUGUUAGUUGUUACUUCAUUGAAGGCGAUAGUGACGACUAUGUUGUUAAAUUAUGUAAUUAUAUAAAUAUUGUAUAUUCAAAAUUACAAGUUCCGAUUAUAUAACCCAUGAUGUAUUUAUGAUUAAAAAAUAAAAUAUACAUUUAUAUUUA